UUAAUGCGACCGAGACGCCAUUGAUGGACGCGAGCUUUUCCUCCCGAACUCGCUCCCUCUCCCACCACCUCAUGUUAAGACAUAUAUCCUCCCUUGCCGAAACUGAUCUCACUGCGAAAGCCAGCCCGCGAGCGAGCGACGGAGACUGAAAGUGAGGGAAAGCAUAGAGGGAAAGGGAUCUAGGGUUCCUCUUCUCUUCAGCUCUUGGGGCGUGAUCUGGUUGUGGUGCUCGUUCUCUUCCCUCUCGGUGCUGUCCCGUCUCUUGGCCCGUUUGUUCUUCGUGGGAUUCGGCCGAAUGACCGAGCAGGAGAAAUAAGAAGAGCUGACAGUUAACUAAAAAGUGGGUUCCACUGUUUCAAGGAAUAAUUAACCUGACAGUGUGAUGCAUAAACUCAGCCAGAGAUAGCAUGGCUCAACAGAAUCAAGAGAUCACCCCUGUUGAUCCAGCUAACCUACCUCUAAAGCGCAAACGUGGUCGUCCUCGAAAGCAUGAUUAUGAUAAUCCUAGUUACCAACAACAUCAAAGGCUCGAAGCUGUUCCAGCUCAGGCUUGUCCAAUUGCCGAUUCUGUUCAUCACUCCCAAGUUAUCCCCACACGAGCUAAUUCAGCUGUCACUUCAAGCCAUGGACCUAAUGGUCUACUUGGCCAGGCAGUUUGUGGCACUCUGGAUGGAACCUUUGAUGCUGGAUAUCUGCUCACUGUUCGAGUGGCCAAUACUGGAGAUGUCUUGAAGGGCUUGGUGUUUGAUCCCCGUCUCUGUAUUCCUGUUUCAACAGAGAAUGAUAUUGCGCCGUUGCUUGCCCCUGUGGCAACACCAAAUGGAACCUCCUUUUCAGUGGAUGAAACGCUUAGUGAGACACUUGUUUCAGUACCAGUGCAAGCUGUACCUACGUCUUCUGCUGCCCCUUUCAAAGCUGUUCAAGCUUGUAUUCCCCAGACUUUACCCAAAAGCACAUUGAAUGAUGCCAAUGAGGAACCUGCACCAGCUGCAUCUCAGCAGGUGGUGGUUGACGAUGCGAAAGCUGAGGAUUUUCUGGGCCUAGCUGCUGUUAAUAAAGAAACAUCUCAAAUGAUCUUGGAUGUUCCAUCAGAAGAUCUAAGCAUAAAGGUUAUCGAGUCCUUAGGAGUAGAACAGGGCAUGUACCAGGUCAAAGAAUCAUCUACGAGCAUGGUUGAGGCAUCAGGAGCAAACGAAAAGAUGCAUCAGACCAAAGAAUCACCAGAACGUGUCGAGGCCCACUAUGUUCACUGACAUUUCAAGAUUACUUGAUUGAACAACUGCUAAGAUCCGGAGACAGGUAAUGACCAGUUUGAUUUUGCAGACAAUGCGCAGCAAUUUAUCCAAUAAGAAGGAACACCUGAAUGGUGAACUGAAAUUCCAUGGCUGAUGAACGAAACCAUCUGGCUCUGGCUGUACCUUAAGACUCAACUUCUUAGAUGAAAACCAAUGGGUAGAAUAAGAAAUGGUCCUACUCGUUAGAAAUAAUAACAUAGUGCCUAAGCUCUGGUUGUUGGUCUUGCCUUAUUUUGGUUGUUGUUGUUGCUGGUAGAACUUUGCUGAGCGUGGGGGUGCAAGCCUUCUCUUAAAGCCUACAUAUGUUGAUAUUAGGAUUGGAUGGGCUAGUCUU